AUGAAAGUUUUUUUAGGAUUUAUACCAAUAGAGAAAUAUACAGGUCUGGCACUAACAGAAAUUAUCGUGGAACAAUUAUCAGCACAUGGAUUGUCUUUAGAAAACAUAAGAGAGCAAGGGUGCGAUAAUGGAUCUAAUAUGAAAGCUAUAAAUCAGCAGAUUCAAGCAGAGCAGCAAGCGGCUCAAGAUUACUUGUCAAUGGCAACAAAUUUUCUACAUCCAUGUUUAUCACGCCCAGGCGCUGGUGGUUUUUUUAUGAAAAUGUAUAAAGAGGAACUUGAUCAUAUGCAGCGACUAAUUGAAUAUCAGUUGAUAAGAGGAGGGGCAAUUAUUAUAAGUGGACUUAAUGCACCGACAGUUAAUGAAAAUUUGACAUUGUAUUGUGCUUUUAAACAAAGUCUUAACAUGGAAAAAUCGGUCACAGAGAUGUUGGAAAAUAUUGUCAAGGUCGCUGAAAGUGUAAAUGACUACCAAUGUGCAGAUUUUAUUACCUCCGUGUAUUUAGCAGAGCAGAUGGCAUCUAUAAAUGAAUUGUCGCAUCAUAUCACAAACAUGAGCAAAAUAUGUGGUGAUGAACAUGCCGUUUACCACUACGAUCAAAGGUUAUUGAAGUCCUAUCCACAUCCAUUUAACUUCAAAAUGCCAGGAAACUAG